AUGUAUUAUGCAAUUGAUUUUGUUUUUCUUUUUUCAAGCUGUAAGAUAAAAGCUCUCCGUGCGAAGACCAACACGUACAUAAAGACACCAGUCCGAGGCGAGGAGCCAGUGUUCGUGGUGACAGGCCGUAAGGAGGACGUAGCCCGUGCCAAACGCGAGAUACUCUCAGCAGCGGAGCACUUUUCACAGAUCCGCGCCUCGCGCAAGAGCUCCCUGGGGGCUUUAUUGGGAGCACCACCAGGUCCACCGACUUCAGUCCCAGGGCACGUGACAAUUCAGGUACGCGUGCCAUACAGAGUUGUUGGUUUGGUAGUGGGCCCCAAGGGGGCGACGAUCAAGAGGAUCCAGCACCAGACUCACACCUACAUCGUGACACCGAGCCGCGACAAGGAGCCCGUCUUCGAGGUGACCGGCCUGCCAGAGAACGUCGAGGCGGCCAGACGAGAAAUAGAGGCUCACAUCGCCUUACGCACCGGCUCAACCAACGGCCCCGGAGGUCUUGCCGGCGACGAAGUUGACUUGCUCGGCGCCCUCUGUCGCGGAGGACUUGGCUCAAUCUUGGGCAGCCUGGACCCUCCCGGUUCAAACGGCUCCAACGGAUCCACCAGCGGCGCUUUCUCCAGCAGCGGAAGCUGCAGCAGUUCCUCCAGCAGUUCCGGAGCUCCGGGCCUGAACGACCUGGUGGCCAUCUGGGGUGCGGGGAUCGACCGCGACGAAGGACUUGGAGACUCUCCCUCAUUCGAGUCCCAGACCGCGUCAGCUUCCUCGAUCUGGUCCUUUCCAGGAGUGACUUUGCCAUCUCGGCCGUCGCCUCCGGCCUCUGCCAGCCCCGCCAGCCCCACAGACUCACUUCUUGGAACCGGGAGCGCCGGUGGCCGUCGCGAGUGCGUAGUUUGCGGCGACAAAGAGGUUACUGCUGCUCUGGUGCCAUGCGGACACAAUUUGUUCUGUCUGGACUGCGGGAACCGCGUCUGCGAGAGCUCCGACCCCAGCUGUCCUGUUUGCUCGCGACCUGUUCUUCAGGCUCUGAGAAUUCUCUCUUAA